GCGACAGACAGGCCACACCGCACUCUACACUCGUCCAACAUGAAGCUUGCUGUGAUCAUUGCUGUCUUUUCCUGCCUCAUGGCUGUCUCCCUGGCCCACGUGUGCAUGUUCAACCCUGCACAGCGGACGGCACUGGAGGGCGUCAACGCCCCGCAUGCCGACGCGUGUGGCCUGAUGACCGGCCCGUGCGGCGGGGCAAAGCCGACUGAUCCCGAGGUGUGGCUGAUGUCUGGCCAGAAGCACACGAUUGUGUUCCAGAAGAACCUCAACCACUACGAUGCCAAGUACCCGCAGGGCGGGUUCCAGAUCUCGUACGCCGAGGACGACAGCUCGGACUUCCACUCGCUGGCCUUCAUCAAGGACACGAACACGUCGUCGCUGACGGUUUACACGGCCGAGAUCACCGCGCCGACGGUGACGCACCCGACGCCGAUCGUCAUUCGCACCGAGUACAUUGUCUCGUUCGGCUCAUUCAAGCAGUGCGCCAACAUCGGCCUCCUCCCCGUCGGCCAUUAACCCUUGACGGUACGGUCGUUCGGACGCAUUGUCGCGCGUCUUUAAGUGAACAACUCGAUGAUGCUUGA